CCCAGACCCUGCAUUCACUAUAUCCACUCUCCCCGGACCCUGCAUUCACUAUAUCCGGUCUCCCCGGACCCUGCAUUCACUAUAUCCACUCUCCCUGGACCCUGCAUUCACUAUAUCCGCUCUCCUCGGACCCUGCAUUCACUAUAUCCGGUCUCCCCGGACCCUGCAUUCACUAUAUCCGGUCUCCCCGGACCCUGCAUUCACUAUAUCCACUCUCCCUGGACCCUGCAUUCACUAUAUCCGCUCUCCUCGGACCCUGCAUUCACUUCACUAUAUCUGGUCUCCCCGGACCCUGCAUUCACUAUAUCUGGUCUCCCCGGACCCUGCAUUCACUAUAUCUGGUCUCCCCGGACCCUGCAUUCACUAGAUCCGGUCUCCCCGGACCUUGCAUUCACUAUAUCUGGUCUCCCCGGACCCUGCAUUCACUAUAUCCGGUCUCCCCGGACCCUGCAUUCACUAGAUCCGGUCUCCCCGGACCUUGCAUUCACUAGAUCCGGUCUCCCCGGACCUUGCAUUCACUAGAUCCGGUCUCCCACUGUACAAAGAAUAUGGAAACAAUUAUUUGAGCAAAUAAAAACUGCUAA